AUGGCCGUGGUCCCUGCUAUGGUCGGCGCCCUCACCGUCAACACCAUUACUACGGGCGUUACAGAGUGUCAACCGGUUUUGUUCACUUGGUCGGGUGGAGAGGCCCCGUACUACCUCUCCCUUGUUCCCGGGAAGUCGACGAGCUCUACGCCACUCAGGAACUUUGGGGAACAGCAGGGUACGAGCUACACCUGGGAUGUUGAUGCUGCCAACGGUACUCAGUUCACGACUGUGCUCAAGGAUAGCACUGGUGCGAUCGCGUUCUCUGACGAACAGACUGUCCAGUCGGGCACCAACUCUAGCUGUGUUGUUGCUGCUGCUGCGCCGUCCACCAGCAGCUCUGAAACCACGUCUGAGGGUUCCAGCACCAACAGUGAUGCUACCACUUCUUCUGCCCCGACAACUAGUUCGCCUGCAAGUCCCACCACGACCACUUCUUCUGGUUCUUCCCACUCGAGCAGCACCAGCAGCACUGGAUCGGCCCCUACGACUGGUUCCAACAGUGGGUCUGGCGCGGCUAGCAGCGGUGCUAGCCGUACUUCCACCGCUGGCGCCUUUGGUGUUGCUGCUGUCAUGGGUCUUAUCGGCGCCGCCCUGUUCUAG